UUAUGCAGAAAUUCCGAUAAUUCCAAUAGGGUUCAUAUACUUUGUCUUGCCACUGUCAUUGGAUAAUUUGAUGUGAAAUGCCUUUGCCACUUUGGUAAAUGUAAACAGUCUAGAUGAGGAAGAUUAUUAAGUUGCAACAAUGGAGACCACACAUUUGAUAUAGAGUAAUUGUUAAAAAAGAAAGAAAGGUAUACCUGUUAUAUUUACUUUUUUAAAUAAUUUGAUAUGUAUUAACAUGUGUUUUGACUUCCAACAUACUGUAAAUCUUAAUCAAUUUUGUUGAUGUUUAUAUAUACAGAUUACUGUUAGGGACUUGCUGCUCAUGAUUGGGCACAUAACGAGCUCAGUAUUGGAGGAGGUAAAUAGCAUCCUGAUCCCUGCAUUGGUUGACCUUAUAAGGCUGAGAGCUUCAGAAAGUGCUGCAGAGAAUAUGCUCCCCAUCAGCAAAGACACCAACGAAGAUUCAACCCAGGGCUCUGUCAACUGUACCUCCCUACUCUCCAAAGUCAAUGUCAUCUGUCUCACUCAGAGUCUUGACAGUAGGUUCUCCCCAAUCUCCAUUGAUGAACCAGUCACUGCUGUCCAGACUUAUUGUAGCAGAAGUUAUCUGUCCCGUGAGGAACGAGCACACUCUUUCUCCAGUCAGAUCUCUACUAAGAACCUCCUGGCUGCUAGGCCACGUUCUGCCAAUCCACCAUCUGCUAAACUACCAUCUGAUAAACCACAAUCUGCUAAACCACCACCUGCUAAACCACAAUCUGCUAAACCACCACCUACUAAACCACAAUCUGCUAAACCACCACCUGCUAAACCACAAUCUGCUAAACCAACGCCUGCUAAACGAACACCUGCUAAACCACCACCUGCUAAACCACAUCCUGCUAAAUCACAUUUUGCUAAACCACCUACUGCCACUGACUACUCUGGAACCUUAUCUGCUGUGGUAGGUCGUGGGCAUGGCAUCCCUGUCAAACUGACCUUGGCCCCUUUCUCCUCCUUAAUCUCCAGCGACGAGACCAACACCAACCUCUCCUCCAGCAGCCUCCCCUCCUCGUGCUCCAUCAAGCUUUCAGACAGUAGGAGUGACAUUCCUUGCUCCCUGACUGUAAGCUCCAUUUCAAAUGUUCCUGGACCUGACUCUAGCAGCAGCCCUGUGCGGGAGAAUCAAUUUGCUACUGAGGUCUCGUCGAUCUGCCUCAGCCAAGAUAGAAAUGGCCAAGGAGGGAGUGUGACACCUCCAGCCCCUUUGGAUGUUUCCCUCCCCUCCAUUAUUGAGCGGGCUGGCGGACUUGUAUGUUCCGUCAUCUCCCAGUCUUUAGCAAUUGUGGAGGCGCGGUCAAGUGUGAAUGGUGAGGAGGGCUCACCAUCUCCCACCACAGUCUCCCAUUCUCCUACAAGGGUGUUUGUCAGCCACUUAAGGAGUAGCCCACUAGGUGAGGACCUUGUAGAUUCAACACUUGCGGAUGUUAUCUCUGUCCUGAAAAUGGAGGGAAUUCUUUCCUCCUCUCCGACUUUGGAGGAGGAGCUGCUUGAUCUCUCCUCCAGUUGUUCUUCGUCAUCAAGCGAAACACUGCAAUGUGUGUCUGUUGGCCCUCUUGGCAGUGGGUCGGAGACGUCCUUCAAACUUCUUGGGGGUCGUACUCUGAGUAUCGCCACCCCAACGGCCCAUGUUACCACAGAGGACUUAGAAGUCUACAGUGAUGAGAUCAUUGACGAAAUCCUUAUUAUAAUGAGGACCAAAAAAGAUGAUGACAGUGGAAGUGACGUCUCUGGUGCAUCAACACCAUGCAACACACCAGCACCACAGAGCCGGUCCUCUUCUGCACUGAGUGGAGUGCUUCCCCAUGACAGGAGGAUACUCAGCACAACACUGCUUGGAAUCCAGAACACACUAGACAAUGAUAACCUCUCAGGAGAGUGUUCCACCUCACCACAGGACAAUGCCAGAGUCCUGGAGAUGAUAAAGUUGCUGCAGAGGCGCCUUGAGGGGACACCCUCAGAGUCCUCCAUCCAUAUCACAGAUGUGGCUUCACCCUUGGGCUUUCCUCUCCCUGUAUCUCUCCAUACUGUUCAGUCGUGUGUAUUUGCCACUGACAAAGACCUGAAGGCAGAACGAGUGAAGGGAUUCUUUGAAUGUCUGAGAUCCCAGUUUAUGAGCUACUCCAUCAAGCCUGUGAGUAACGUCAUUACCAGGGCAACAACAAAGAUGGCUGCCUCCAAUCAGCUUAGUUCAGAGACCCUCCAGGCAGCAUCAGCAAAAUCAUCUGCUGUGGCUCAGAACCUUAUUAGUUUGGUUUUAUUUAAAGUUGCCAAGGUGUCCUGCUCUGACGACUUAGAGGGUCUGGGUGAUCAUCUCAGAUGCCCCUCAACUUUGACCAGAGUUCUGACACCUUUGACCUCGGAGAAAGCUACACUGACACCUGCUGUUCUGAAGUUCAGAAGGGAGAUGUCUAAGGAAGUGGCCACCGAACUCCAGAGUUUCUUGAUCAAGGAAUCCCUUACUGCCACCCAGACACCAUCCAAUGGACAUGUUAGCACUUCUGGUUCUGCCCCAAGGGAAGCUGUGCGGGACAUCCUGAGGAAAACCAAAGAGGAGGCUUCCAACAAAAGCUUGAAUAAUAUUUUCUCUGUUAAUUUGGAUGAGCGGCUCACAGACUCCAUUGCAGAUGCCUUAUAUCCAAAGCUGCAUGACAGAUUGGAGUCCAAGAGAGAGCUGCAGGCUUCUUAUUACAGCUCCCAGAUCAGCUGUAGCCUCAGCCCCUUCGAAGUUGAGAGCAGCCUUGAUCUCCAGGAGUUCACUGACCCACUAUCUGAGUCAGUAUUGUGUCUCCUGGAUAGGACAUUUGGAGAUAAAGCUCAGAACUUAAAGACAGGCGGGGAUGUUUUACAAUAUGUCACAGACCCAACCUAUAAGAAGCUUUUGAUUGGAUCCCACACCAACGACGUCAAUGUGGUUGUGCACACGAUUGCAUUGGAGGAGUUGCCUGUUGAGGGUUGUAUUGCGCAAAGUGAGGCCAUUCAUGGCCUUCACAAGAAGCAAGAAUUACCUCCCAGCACCAGUGGCAGAGGGAAUGAGACCCCAAGCCCUACUAAUUGCCUACUGGAGGGUGUAGUGGGCAAACUGGUACAGAAGAUGCUAUUUCAGGGCCUUGACAUCCCUGAGGUACCCAUGAACUACAGCCGCUCUGAGAACUUUAAGCUACAGUAUGAACUGGUUGCAAAGCUUUGUCCUCUGAUGGUAAGGACAAUCAUGGCUACAACCAUUGCCAAUCAACCACCUACUCUUCAAGAAGCAGUGAUGUCUUCCGAGAACAUCCAUGUGAAAGAGCUGUGUGAGGCAGGUAUCAAACACCUCAAAUUGAACCAUGUACCUGAUGACUCUGAGACCAACAACAUGGUCAGAGGGGCUUUGAGUGAAAUUGAAUCCUGUAUGAUUGAGACCUCCGACAAGGACUCUCCCAGUCUACAUUCCACACCAGAGGUGGUUGUAGACCUGAUCACCAAGCUGCUUCAUGGGUAUGAGCUUAACUCAGAGGACUUUGCAUCACCUGUGUCAUCCCCAACCACCACUCUCUCUGAUGUGGCAAUGGACAUGGUGGUUUCUGUCCUUCGGGACAUGUCCGAUUCCCCAGACGUUACCUCAGCAUUGGAAAUGACCAAGGAUCUCAAGACGCCGUACUCCCGCCCCUCAAGUGCAAGGAUUGUAAGUGCCCUCUGCAGAGAGCUGGAGGAGCACAUGGGCUCUCCUGAUGCUCUGAGGCGAGCUUUGAGCCGUGGCAGCGGGGAGAUGACAACAGCCAUUGCGAGUGCAGUCACCAGGGAAGUCAACCGUCUGAGUUCAAUCGUACCCAAAGUCUCUGUCAGGCCGCUCUCCUCAGACAUCUGCCUAAGGACAGACCAGGACAAGGUCAUGGUUAAAAGCCGAUGUGGCUCGGCUGAGGUGAAGGCAUCCCAACCGGUGUAUAUUAUUGUUCAUGUAGAGGCGGUGAUGGAUAUCAUUGUCCGGUUGCGGUCUCUGAUUGGUCCUCGGACCCAAGAUAAACUGGCCAGCUGGACCCUAGUUGAGGAUGUGACCAACAAGCUGUCCAGUGCUCUGUGGGUGAGGGUGACUAACAGGUGGAGGGAAGCAAAUGUCUGCCUGAAGGCAACAGACAUCUUUCAGUUGGUGCUGUCUGUGCAUAGAAAGUUGAUGCAACGCUAUGGCACAGAGGAAGCCCUACAGAAGAUACUGUGCCACAAGGCACCCAAGCUGCACAAGGACAUUGUCUGUCUUGUCACGAACGGAAUUAUGGAUGCACCAUCCAAACUUCAAGGCACCAAAAAUCUGGAAACUACACUCAACUUGAAAGAAUUGACAGCCUUGUUUAAUGAAAUGACAACCCGUCAAUCUUUCAAUAAGAAAGCUGAGCAGAGCAGCAUCAAGACUGAGAUUGAACAGCCGGAGUGGUCCACUGUGGAACAAGUGACAUCCGGUUCCACCAGCUUCAUAAGGGAGCUUAUAUUAGAAGAAGUCCUGAUGAAGCUUGUCAAGAAGAUAUGCCGUAUGCCAAAAAGGACCAACAAGCGUCAGCGCAUCCAGAUCAGUGAUCUGGUGACUGAGCUGAUCCGAUUGUUCGACGAUGAGGUGGCCAAAUAUCUGAUUGAGGAAAUGGAAAGCCAGCAAAAAAGUUUCAAUUCUAAGAUGACAUCGAAGCUGGCAGAUGCCAUCUACACUGACCUUGGGAAGGUCAAGCGUUUGAAACGCUCCUUGAAAAUUAACGAUUUAUUUGAGGAUCAGGAGAUGCUUUCCAUUGUCUCUGUCAUUGUUUCCCACAAGCUACUGGCCAUCUUGAAACCCUCAGUUUCCAACCCAUAUGACCGUGAGACCUCAGACCUUGAAGACUCAGGCAGUAAUGAUUUGGAGGAUUUGGAAUCUGAGGGGGUGCAUUAUGCCACCGGCAGAAAGUCCAACAUGAGCAUGGUCCUUACAGACAAUACAAACCAGCCAGAGAUGUACAUUGCUGUGGAUUCUCCAACUAUGAUUAAAUUAUCCAAGAUGAGGAAAGGCAUCCGGGACUUCUUCUGGGGAGUCCAGAAGGCCUGGAAACGCUUGGUCACCUGCAAGUCCUCUGGGUCCUCUGAUGAGUAGCCUGAAUGACGUGCAGCCCAUGACAGUUGCUUUUGCCAGGCUACAUCUGAGGAGGACACCACAACUGGCCUCAAUACAACAUUUUUAUUUUUGUUGUUCAUUUCUGUUUUCAUUUUGAAUCCCCUAAUGCUGCUAUAUUUGAACCAGGCUGUCAGUGGACUAGCUUACCAUUAGUUUAUACUCCUUAUGGAAGAUCCACUAUAGGCUAGUCAACACCACAAUUCCAUCUGGUUCUUUUGAUCCCUUAUUAGCUCCCACUCCUGUAACUAGGAAUGUGAGCUUCUAAAUGUCAUUCAGACAUCUACAGCUUCUCCUGUGAUUAGGAAGAUAAGCUAAGAAGCCCAACCAAUUGACUAGAUGUGCUGUACAUCUGAUGCCCUCUCCCUAUUGUAAUCAUUGAUCCACGUCCAUUGCAGCCUCUAAAUUUGAUGUAGAUAUUUAGCCUAAAUUAAAAAAUGACAAGGAGGGUAGGCCGACAGCAGCUUCUACUCUUACGAUUAGGAAAGUGGUGCUAAACUUUUUAGGCUUUGAGGAACUAUGUAUUUGAUUUUUCAAUCACUUACAUACUUUUUAAUGGUUGUUUUAAUAAAGCAUUUGUAUAGCAGAGUUUGAUUAAUAUUGUAUCUUUCAGAAUUUUUAAUUUUAAUUUAGGUAUUCAUUUGAUGACAUGGGACUAAAGCGUAGUUUAUACCCUACAUACGUACACAAGAAAUAACUACAAGCAGCUACACAAAACAAACACAAACACACUUCUUGUGUUGCACACGAAGGGUAUGAACUAGGCGUAGUCAUUUUAUGAAUUCUAUAAAGGUAUAUAAUGGUAUCCAUAGUGCAGUAUUAAGAUAUUCAUUAUGGAGCGUUAUAUUAUAGUAGAAAUAAUGUAAAUGAAUAAAAGUGAAUUGAUGUAUGUCCAACUUGAUGGCGAUAUUUGCUUGCUCAACAAAAGUUAUAAUGGUGUUAGACGGUCUGAAGUUGCAUGACAUUCACUUAUUUAUUUAAUUGUCACGGCCCUGAAAGAGGUAGAAAAGGCCUCAAGAUGGCGACAAAUAUCUUCUGUCAGAAAAUCGAAUCAAUGUAUUUAUCACAUGCACUGAGUAGAACAGGUGAAAUGCAUACUUACAUCUUCCUCUAACUCU